AUGCCAGGGGUCAUUUCAACGACAAAUGUUCCAAAUUUACCCACAGACACCCCUACCACCACGUCUCUUGAAACACGCCCGGAUCCCAUAAGAAUCAAGAACCGACGCAAACGCUACCUAGACCUGCACCCUGACUACUUCGACGCACACCUCGAACUCGCGGACCCUCUUCUCUACGACCGCCUGAUCCGGCGCUUUCAAACCCCCGCCGAGCGCGAAGCCGAAGGCAGAUCGAAAGGCUACUCGGGGAUCCUCGAGGCCGACCUGUGGCGUAGCGAAGCGAAGCUGGACGCGCUCAAGCAUCCGGACCCCAAUAGUGUGUUUACUUAUAAGCGCGGGCCGAACGGGGAGAUUCUAGAAGAGGAGAAAGACGAGGUGCCUGCGACGAAGGAGGAGGGGUUGGCGCGGUGGAAGUGGGAGAUGGAGUGCAGGUUUCUACGGGGUGGGGAUACGGAUUUUGAUUAUCAAGGCGAAGUGGAUAAUAGCGAGGCGUAUGAUGACCUGGUGAGUGAAGAGAGAGAUGCGCAGGAUCGAUACUUUGAUGGAGAGACGCCCGAGUUUGUGUCGAGGACGAGGACGGGGAGCACGAACGAAGGGGAUGAUGGAGACUUGAAGAAAGACUUGAAAUUGGAAGGUGAGACAGGAAUUCAGGAUUUCUGA